GGAGGGCGUGUGCAUCCCAUUCUUUUGUCUGUCUGUGUGUCGUCUGGCGUCUGUGUGUCGUCUGGCUGGCGUGGGUGUGUUGUGUGAGGGGCCUCGUGUACCAUAAUGCUUGCUGCGUGCGUCUGACCGCCGCAAAAAAAGACAAGAAAAGGAGGGGCCCAUGACCGGCUGUCUGGCCGUGGUGCCCUUCGAAAUUCUUUGUGUGAUGGCUGCAUGCAUGUGUGUCCCUUUCCCCCUUCAUGUCCUGGCUGAUGACGGCUCUGCCCCUCACACUCACACACACGUGUCCGCAUCGCCGAUGGGUUUCGUUUUCGCCUGGCUGUCCCUCUCAAUUUCGUUCGUCGGGCCUGUCGGUGUGCGGCAUUGCAUCUUUAGUCAUUUUUCCUGUCAUUUCUGACGUCAUCUAGUCAGUUUUUACUCGGUGGCUGGCUGCCCGACAGACAAGGGGAGGGACGAAGAGAGAGAGGGAAAGCAAAGCCAAAGGCCCCCUAAAGAAGGCCGGGAGAGGGAAAAGAGAGGCCCACAAGAAGGCAAUACCAAAAAGGAAAUGAUAGGCACUUCUUCCCUCCCUCCACGCACGCACUCCACCGACCGGUACGCGGGAAGUGCUGUACAUCGUACAUGCACUUGGCGCACGGAUGUCUUUCGUCGGUUGGCUGCUUCAGGUCAGGUUGAAGGCCGCUGUGUGUGGUGUGGUGUGUGUUUGCUGGCCCGCCCGCCAUGUUUGUUUAUCCAGGCACACACUCGGGAACACUCACAGAUGCGCACACAUGACAGACACAUGUGGUCGACCUCUCUGAGCUCCUCGUCUGUCUGUCUGUCUGCCUGUUGUCCUUCUGCAGGCCGGCUGCAGUCAGCCGCCGCCCAUUCACUCAUCCAUCCCUCUACGACUCCCCGCUUCUUGCCUGGGAGGAGCAAGGUAUGAGGCCCACCCACACACACAUACACACGGUGAAGGUCACCUCUCAUCUCUUGUCGUGCUCCCAUGGAUGUCACGUGUGUGUGUCUGCAGGUGGUCGUCGGUCGUGCCAGGCCGCGAGAGUGCCGUCUCGGCUCUGCAGAUGCCGGGGGCCGUAUGCCCCGCCACACCGUCUCUCAGCAGCCCACACACGAAGGCCAGCUCUGCUACGAGCGACCACUCAGCAGCCGCCCUGCCUCCCCUCCCCACGCGCACCUUCCGGCCUCCGACCGGCGGCAUCUGUGCAGACCUACCGCGCCGCGCCCUGCGUGAGGGUGGGCAGGAGGCCGAGGUGGUCGGCGCCGCCGCAGCAGCUGCAUCGUUGGUGGCGAUCCCUGAGAGCUAUGAGCUGGGCAUGGCGUCCAUCGCCAGAGCCAUGGGGGAGGAUACUGAACAUAUACAAACGUAAGUAUCCACACCACAUCCACACCCCCACCCCCACCACACACAUACACAACACAUGCAAAGACUCACGCACCCGUGUCUGUGUGCGUUGUCCGUUGCUCUCUCACUCGCUCAGGAUGGGCAUCCAUGAGCCUCCGACACGGCAGCAGACAGGAGCAGAUCAGCAUCCAGGACGGCAAGGAGCUCCCUGGGGCACCUGCUGCGGCGGCCCCGUCAUCGUACGGCACAGAGGAGCAGCCCCUGUCGGCUCAGGUGCAGGUGGAGCAGCCCCGACAAGAGCUGCCCAAACAGCUUCCCAUCCCACAGCAAGAACUCGAAGACUUCGAGUGAGUCAGACGCACAGACACUCGCUCUCAUCCAGUCCACCGUCCCAUGAACCGUCCCUCUGCCCUUGGUGUCUCUCGUGUGUGUCAGGCCGGUCAUGCUGCCCCCGGUGUCGCCGCGUGCGGUGCCCAGGGAGGCCGGCUUCAUCCAACCACCACCCGCACCACAGCAACAGUUGCGGCAGCAGGAGGUUGCCGUACCCACUCCAUCCCUCGUCCCAGCAGCUGCUGCUGCAGGCCAGGCACAGCCACCAGCCCCGACCACCGGCAACGGUGACGGCAAGGCGCUUCUCGAGGGCUGCUUUAAAGCCAGCUGCUCAGCGUCCCCCAUGAGCUCCUGCCAUCCGGCAGGGCCUCAUGUCGUUCGGUCGUCGGCCAUCCGGCAGCGCCACGUUGCACAGCGUCGUCGGGCGGCGCGAUUGUGGACGCCGGUCUCGGUGGCCGGACGUCAUCGGAGGCGAGCGCACCACUGCCGAGGGCUUCGUCUCACCCUGGUGAGGGAUUGGGAAUGGGCGAGCUCUGAUACGCGACAGACAAUGCACCUCACUCACUUCUGUCUGUAUGUGUUCGACCUACAGGUGAGAGUUGGUCGCUUGACGGCGGCCUUCGCAUGUGGGCCUUGGGCACUCGGCGAGGGACGGGCGAGGCCAUCCGGCAGACCCGUUGGUCGAGUGAGCGGCGGGCGAGGCCAUCCGGCAGACCCGUUGCUCACAGCAGCCCACACACGAAGGCCAGCGUCAUCCAACUACCACCCGCACCCCAGCAACAGUCAUCGGAGGAGGCGAGCGCCCCGCUGCCGAGGGCUUCGUCGCUCAGCGGAGGCGGCUAAGGACCGCCGGCCAUGCUCUUCCCUUCACCGACCCCGCCAGCACCACAGGCAGCGCCUGCACCCGCAUUCGCACCACCCGCACCACCAGCAGCCUAUGCAGCGGGCAUGCCUGGCUUCGCACCGGCCCCCACCAAUACGCCCCAGUGACACGUCGUCCCGUGGCCCCGUCUGUGCCCUCUCCGGCCGACGAGGGCAGCGUGUGCGACGAGGAGCACCCCACCCACCACCCACCGCCACCACACGAGAGGAGGCCCCACGCACCCAUAUGUAGACAGACGGGAGUGGAUGGCUGUUUGUUUGUUUGUUUUCUUUUCUAUGGUAUGGAUGUACGGUAUUGCUCUUGAGUCAUCAGCCCUACUCGGCCUAUGCUUUUUGUCCCACCGUAUGGUGCGUGACGAUACUGUUUAUCCUAUGCUUUUUGUCCCACCGUAUGGUGCGUGACGAUACCUUUUUUUUGUGCCUGGGUGCAAUGUGUCGCUGUUCUCUCCCCGUCUGUCUACUCAUGUGCGUCGGUGGUGUUCUCGUUGACCGAAACAGUCGGGUGGUGUUGGUGGUGGAGGUGGUGGUGCUUGUCGGGGCGGGAGGUCGGUUGGGAUGAGAAGGGGCGUGAGCGACAUGUACAGAGUAGAUAAACGUGGCCAUAAUGAGAUACGUCGGUACAAACAAUGGGUGCAGAAGACAGGCGCUUGAUUCUUCGUGGUUUAUGAGUAGUCGAGUGAGCGUGAGAUUCGACAGCUGAGCGUGUGCUGCGGCUGGCUGGCUGGCUGGCUGGCUGCAUCGGUCGGUGUGUGUGUGUGGAUGGAUGGAUGGAUGACUGACGAAUUCACUUUCAUGUGGUGACAAUCGUGAGCCGACCGACACUGACUGAGCGAAGGCAGACAGGCAGGUCAGCAGGGCUAUGUGGGUGGGCGGAGGGAGUGAUAGAGAGUGCGGCGAUUGUGGCGGGCGGGUGUGUACGAUACCCAUCCAUCCAUCGACGGCACACACACAACUGUGUGCCUUCUCUACUCUUCUCGGUGGUGCCUGCAUCGAUUGGUGGUGGGUGGUCAGCGGCCCGGUCUGCGUGUGUGAGUGAUGUGGGCAGACCGGGCCGCAUUGCUCUCAUCGGAACGACACUUCUGUGGCCGAUGGUUGUUGGAUGGAUCGGUGGAUGGCGCACAUACACACAUAGAUACAGCGAGAGAGAGGUGUGAGCGUGGGUGACCCAUCCAUGUUGACGUAUUGACGGCGGAUGGAUGGAUGGAUGCGUGAGAUGCGUGUAGAGGCGUGAGCGUAACGCCAUGCCUGUGUGCAUCCGUGUCGACUUGCUACCACUGACUGACUGCGUAUUUAUUGUAUUUUUGGUCCACGGUUCAUUCGACUCACUCACUCACUCACUCACUCACCUCACUGCUUUGGCGGUUUGAGGUGCGGCUCGAGCACACAAAGGUCGAUCCGAUGCAUCCGCAGUGACUUGCUACACUGACUGACUGACUAACUCCACAUUGUUGGUUUUGAGCAGCGACCCGCGAGACGCACACCCACCCACUCUGGGGGACACACACUCACACACGACCUGCCUGAAUGAAUGAAUGCAGUGCGUUCAUGUCCGGUGGAUACCUGACAGACAGACAGACAGACAGACAGCACUGACUGACUGACUUGUAGGCGUAAGUGAGUGAGUGAGACUGGCACUCGUACCUUUCAUUCGGCAGCUAGGUAAUAGCGCCAGUCAUUCCAUCGCUUUUGUUUGUCCUGCGCGUCCCGCAGCUGAAUGACAUUGAUUGUGCCCUCGUCAGUCAUGCCAUGACGAUCGCCUUUGUACUCGGUCGGCAUCGCUUUUUUCCCCAUCCCGGCCGUCGGCGGCACGGCAGCCCUUUGAGGAUUGGCGUGAUUGACAACUUGGCUCUCUGUAGGUAUGCAUGUGUUCUUGGCCACCUCCCUCAAGUGUGUGUGUGUGCAUUGAACGGAAUGGCUGGAUGGAUGGAUGGUGUACUGCAGUGCGUGGUUCGUCUGGUGUUGUGCUGUGCUGUGCUGUGCUGUGCUGUCCAUGCAGGUCGAUGGACUUCACACCGACCCCCUCCCACACAGACACACACGCAUACAACAGCACCACUAAUGCGACAGCAAGGGUACCUCUCUCUCUCUUGGUCGCCUCUUGGAGUGCUUGUAGGGGGAAAGGGGUAGCCAGACAGAAACCUGUGUGUGGAGGGGGGGAGAUGGGGGCGUGUGUGCUGCCUGGCCGGACGACAUUUGUGUGUCCUGUUUGGUGUGGCUGGCGUGUGUCGUGUGCGGGUUUAUUUAUGGUGUGGUGACUCUGCCCGGCUGUUCGGUUGUCUGUUGUUCUUGGUCGGUGCCCGUAGCUAAUGAUAAGUUCCUUGCUGACCUGACUGCCCCUCUUGCGGCCCUCUUGGAGUGUCCGCCUGAGGGAGUGGUGGGCGGCAUGGACGGGGGAGGGGGUGGGAAUGGCUGAGUGGACGAGUGGAUGGACGAGUGGAUGGCAUGCGCUGUUUGUUGUUCUUAUCGGUAGUUGGAUGUCCGCCUGCCUGCACGGUCGGCCGGUCGAAUAUUUACUGCUCGUGUGUGUGUGUGUGUGUGGAUGAUGAAAUGGAUGGAAUGGACGACACACAGACGAGCGGCGUCAAGGAGAACCGAACCUUACACGUGACGCACUUAUUGCACUGCACUCUCUCCACACUAAGUGCGCGAAGCACGUAGAGCACUUUCGCUAAGCGUAUGGUGCGUGGAUAAGAACGGUGGAUCGACGGGUGCGUGAGGGCAGGGCGCUGGCUGUUUCCAUGUGUGCGUGUUUGUUUUCAUGCGGAGUUACGCCGUACGUGUGCCUACCUGAUUUGUGUCUCGUGUGGUCGGUGACUGGCAGGCGGGCAGGCAGGCAGAUUUGCCGACACAGCAGCGCUUUGGACUGGCCUCAACCGACACCACACGAGGUGCCCGUAGGUGCUGGCUGCUGUACUCUUUGACCGCCAGCCCGGCCAAAGUGGGUGUGCGUGUUUACUAUGUUGACAGCACUUGUGGAUGGGCACUGACUGCAACCCCACCUCCUGGCUGUCAGAGACCCACGAACUCUGCUGGAUGGAAUCAUUUGGCGGCUGCUCGCUCCUUUGUUGUUUUCGUUGCUUUCCAUUUUCUCAUUAUUGGGCAGAGGGAAAGAAAUGCCACACGAGCGAGGAGGACUUACCCGAGUGGCUGGUUUGUUCGUUUGUGCUGCUGUGUGAAAAGACUUCGUCGACGCGAGACUGACUUGGCUGAACGUGAGUGCUUCGCGUUUUCGAUUAUCAAUGAGUUACUCACAACAUGUCUGGACACUGAAUGAACCACACAGAACACGCACCCCAAGUCUGUGUCGACACAUCACUCUCCCCAACUCUCUCAGCCGCCCGCAUCUCUUUCCCCCAACUCAGCCGCUCCUCUCAGUCAGCCGCUCCUCUCCCCCAACUCAGGUCCAUGACUGAACCCUCCACACACAGACAUACACACGCGCACCGCUGCCGAACCCAGCCACUCAGACACGGACUCUCAUCUUCUUUCACUCCUGCUGCCGCUUCGACAGCCUGGACGCUGCCGCGGGGACCGUGACGGUCGGGUCCUCCUCUAUGCGGCGGCAGUGGCGGUGUCGUCCAUCGUAUUGGCGCCUCGCGAGCUGCACACGGUGUCGUGCGUGACGUCCUUCAGCGUCGUCUUCAUACUGAAGAUUACCUCCUUCCUGCAGGAGUCCGCCGAGGCGCGUAGGCACCUCGAACUUGACCGCGAACGCCUCACAGCCUGCCUGCAGGUACACACAAACCCAGCCAAGGGCGCCGUCGCCCCGUAAGGUUUUUUCUUUCUUUUCCGUUUCUCCUUUUCCUUCGUUUCUAUUCUCUUUGGCUACGACCGAAGUCGCCUCAUUCAUCACACAUACGUGCAGACAGGCAGACAGACAGACCGACACAGCACGGAAUGAAUGAACGAGGGAAUGGAUGGAUGGCGUGUGCGGACCUAGCAGCGUCUUGUGUACUGGCUUACUUGCUUGCAUGUGCCGAUGCAUGGCUGGUGUGCUACAGUGUGGCGGAACGAGGGCCUGCAUACACAGACAGGUCGGUCGAUUGCCUCUCCGCCUCUCACAACUUGUGACUGAUGUGUCGCGCCUCCACGUUGCAGUCAGUCCGGGAUGGCGUGAGGGGCACCCGCACGGUCACGCAAGACGAGAUCUGCACAGAUCAGCAAAGGAAAGGAC